AUGCACCCUCUAAACCCCUUUCUGCGGGCCUUCUUCAGAAGCACCCUCCCCUCGCAGUGUCUACCCGUGAACCACCAUAUCCUGCUCGUCCCGACGACUGAAUCGCUACUACAAGGCCGCGACCGCGAAACGACUGCGCCAUAUUCUGACCUCGCCGUCUCUGAAGAAUUUCUCUCGAGCCAUGUCAUUCGCAUACCUGGAGGUAUCCCACCUGGGUCCACGUCAAAAGAUGGAGGGAACAUUCGCGAGACCAAAGGCAAGGCCAAGCAGUAUAACACACUCAAUGGCAGGACCGUAGUCGUCAAGGAUACAUACGUCUACAGCAACAAAGGCUUCAAGAGCUUGACACAGGCUCAACUUUUGACCGACACUCUGUUUUGUCCAGACAUCCCAGAAGCCCAGCAAUGGCUCGUCUACUACAUCUCUAGACCUCUAACAGGCUCAUACGACCUCGUUCGCAUCGUACCGGCUACCAUCAAGACGGCUGCUCAGCGCGCUGCAGACAAACCAAAGUCUUCCAUCCCCUCGGCAUCGGACGUCAAGAAGAAAGAUAUCGCAUCAUUUACAGAGCUGCUGACCGCAUUCCCUCUGAUUGCGCGACAACUACAGAAUGGUCUGGAUAGAACACUCAAGGAGUUUGCGGCACAAUUUGAAGGCCCUGUACCUAACAAGUCGUCACGGGCGCCAUCUGUGAGCUCGCAAAGAUCGGAUUACUCUUCAACUUCGUUAGAGGAUUCAUUGGCUUCGCUCAGGUCUUCGGUUUCUGGGAGCGAGAGCAGUAUACGUCUUUCAUCACUGGCCAUAGAACCGGAAGAGGACUCCAUGCGCUUUGCGCUUGAAAGUGCGACUACUGCUGCUAUCGAUUUGUUCCAAGGCGUUGACAGACAACAAUUAUCACUCCUUGGUGCCACAACUGAUUUGUCAGGUCCAGUUGUUGAGCGCAUGAUUGAACGUCAUGUCGCGGAGCAGCUACACGAAACAAUUCUAUUUCCACGGAUAUGCAAUAUUCGCCGUUCAGAAGACCUCGAACUCGAACAUCGCUUGCGGAAGAUGGCCAACAUCGACAUUGCACAAGUCGGUAUACCUAUAGAGGAUGGUAUGAGGGGGAAAAGAGAUAUGGCGAUCCGGAUCGACAGAGCUGUGGGCAUUUUCAAGAAGAUGGGCGUAGCCAGCAGUCCUCAGGAGAUGAUCGAAGUUUUACUAGAGACAGCAAAGACUGUUACCACGACUCCAACCACUAACGUAGGGAAGCCAGGAACGCGCCCGGAUGGCACGUCAGAGAAACCGAGUAUAGCCAUGACUAUCAAUGCCGAUGCUUUGGUCUCGAUGCUCCUGAUCGUUGUUAUCAGAAGCUCUGUUCGUUAUCUGCACGCCAGACUCUCCUAUAUGAGACACUUUGUGUUCAUUGACGAUGUGGACAGUGGAGAGAUGGGCUAUGUACUGAGCACUUUCGAAGCUGUACUGCUUUACUUGUCAAGAGACUCGGAUGCCUUACGGAUAGCUGCGAGAAAGAAUGCGCGAUUAUGGAAAGCGACACGAAAUGGAAACAUAUCGGAUCUGCGCAAGAUACUUCAACCAGACGCUCCCUGGAUGGCAGGUGGUCAAGUCAUAGAAGAGGCGCCAUCAUUUGACGACAGCUUCAGAGAUCAAGAUGCAUCAAGCUUGAGUUCACGGCUGAACGAUGUACAAAUGGAACAGGAACAACAGUCAUCGAUAUCUGGAGGUGGUUUUGCUGCCGUUGGUGGAUCUUUGGCUCACGUGUUUCCUUUCCAAAAACCGCCGACACCACCCCCAGAAGUCAGUCAGCCAAAACGAAAACGUGUGACUAUGGCCAAACUACGCAGCGCAUCUGUGUCAUCAGGAUAUUCAUCUCCGUCCCGGUCCAGAUCCAAGAGUAUAGACUCUACCAUCAGCAAUGCUUCAGCAGGCGACAGCUCUCUCGACAAAAUCUCACAAUCACAAGGUCUGGGUGGAGACUCUAUUUUGAUGAUGGCCAUCGAGAAUGGACAACUCGCAUCUUUAGAGUACCUCUUGAGUUUGGAUCAAUAUUUCCCUAUCGAGUUCAUUCUGGAGGAUGCUAACAACGAGGGAGUGACUCUGCUUGUUGCCGCUGUGCAGGGCGAUGACAAAAACCUAACAAACACCUUACUCAAUCACAUCAUCCGCAACUCUCCCUCCGACAGCACUCUACGAUCAUAUUUUGUUCGUCAAGACAGUAAAGGAAGAACAUUUGCCCACUAUCUUUUCAACCAGCCACAUCUGAUGGAGACUGUCGGCGAAAUGCUGCCGUGGCGGCUCAAAGACAAGAAUGGUCAAACCCCAUUAUUUGCUCUAUGCAGGUCAUACGACCACCAGGAGUAUCGUUGGAUGGUCGAAACCGCAUUGACUCUCGCGACCAAUACUCAACCAGAUCAAGAGCCACUCCACCUUGCUGAUCACAUAGACAACAAGGGCAACACUUUACUACAUAUUGUCAACGAUCCUCAUCUAACGGCGUGGCUCCUUCGUCAUUGUGAUUCGGAUGUGAAUGCAGCGAAUGACAAACGUUUCACACCGCUUAUGAUGGCGAGCAAAUACGGUAGACUCGACUUGGUUCGAACAUUCUUCGGUGAUGCUCGAGUAGACCUACAGAUUAAAGACAUUCGAGGCUUAACAGCGGUUGAAUUGGCCAAAGAUGACGAAGUCAGAAACCGAAUUGAUGAUUUGGUGUUGCUAUCAACGCGACCUGCAGCAGAUGGACGAAUCACUUCUGUCGUUCGCUCAUUCUUCGUGGAGGAUGCCACUGUUCGACUAGUGCUAAAGUCUGGAGGUCCGAACCCAAAUGGCACGAUCACAGUCACCACCUGUCGUCGCUCCGUUGCCGAUUUUGAACACCUCGCAAAAUGGCUCUCGAUUGAGCAGCCCGCGUCUUGGAUCCCGACACAUUUCAAUCUGACAUCGCCCUUCUUGAUACCAUCAAAGCCAUCAAGGGCUGUCCUGCGUGAUAUUCAGCUCCGCCUUGAUGCAUUCUUGCAAUGUCUUCUGACACAUUCUACUUUCUCUACACAUGAGAUGGUAUGGGAGUUCUUCCUUGUUCCCGAUAUUGAUCCCGCCAUGUUGGCCGAGCGAGCGAAACACAAGGCAGAGAUCCGUGUGGAGAAUGUUCGGGAUGACUACGAUCCGAUCACGGAUACACGAGAAGUCGAAUCAUUUGUAACGCAUGCAAAAGAUCAACUUCGUGGAGUCUCUCAUGCUGUGAAAUCCCUCAUCAGACGCACUAAUGCCCAGCGCGUGAUCAACUCGGAUUUGUAUGAUGCGCGAAUGCUCAAUAACACCGGUGUCGCAACCCUUCAAUUCCUUCCUCGAAAAUAUUUUACAGCAUUCGAAAUGUACACAAAAGCUUUGACGCCUUCAGAAUCUGAUCCUCUGGCAAGCUUUUACUACUCGCUGCACUCGAUUGCAAAUUCCUCAACAGCGGUCUUGGUUGCUCUUGGGCGGCCAACGAGCCUGAUUGGCAGCAUGAACCAAGCUAGAAGAAAUAUCGAGAGAGCUCUGGGGUCUCUUAGCAGGCAAUCCCGCUGGACGCCAAACAUAGGGCUGUUUGACGAGACAAGGCGGUCGAUUGCAGCUGAAGCUGAAGAGAAAGCAACAAAGGCUCAAGGUGAACUUGACUCACUUGGUAGCGAACUACGCUACACGCAACAGACUGUUGCAGCCGAGUUGGCUGGUUGGCAAGAACAGCACGUCAAGUUCGGCAAGAGAAUGCUGAAAGAUCUAGCCAAGGGUAUGGUUGUGAAAGAAAAAGCCAGGCUCGAGAGUAUGAAAAGAGCAUUGAGAGAGCUGCAAAGGUGA